GCGAUGUCGGACAUCCUGUGCGAGUGGCUCAACCGGGAGGUGAUGCUGUCCCGGCCCGUGGAUCCAAACACAUUACCAAAAGAAUUUUCUACUGGGUACCUCAUUGGAGAACUUCUUCACAAAUAUGAGCUUCAGGAUGACUUUAACCAGUUUUCACAAAGCAGGGUUGCAAAUGCUAAACUUAACAAUUUCUCUCGCUUGGAACCAACACUUCAACUCCUUGGUGUGCAGUUUGACCAGAAUGUAGCCCAGAGCAUCAUGACGGAACAGCCUGGGGCUGCAACCAAACUUUUGUAUCAAAUGUAUAUUGCUCUAGAAAAAAAGAAAAAGGCAGGGCUUACUGGAGUAGCCAUGGAAACCAUGAGACCUGCAGCACCUGCAAAGCUCAAGUACAUUGAGAGUACUUUGUAUCGAGAGCGUUUGAAGAACUUAACACCACGGCAGACUGACUUGAGACUACAGCAGGUUUCAGAACAUUUUGAAAUGAAAUCUAAGAACAUGGAAGCUAAAAUAACUCGUGUACACAUUGUAGAACAACAAAAAGUUCAAAAACUCCAGGAGGAACAAAGAGUGCAAGACCUUGAAAAGCAACGCAUGGAAAGGAGGAGACAAAAUGAAAUAAUGGCCAGAAUUCAAGCAGCUAUUAUACAGAUUCCAAAGCCACCACCAAACCGUACCCUGAAAGCUAUUGAAGCCCGAAAAAUAUUAAAAAAGAAAAAAGAAGCAGAGGAUAUGCACAAAGAGAUUAAGAAGUUUGAGAAGGUUAUGAGGAAAGGGAGUCCUGCACCUAGUAGAAGCCAAGUCUCAGACAGUAAUAUACAAGAGUCAUUGAAGACACUGGACUUAGACUCAGCAGCCCAGGAUAUCUCAGAACAGACAACUACUGAGCUAUUAAAUACCUAUUCAGAGGAUGAAUAUAUCAGAAAAAUUCAAAAACGUCUAGAGGAAGACACUUUUGCCCAAGAGCAACGAGAAAAACGACGACGAAAGAUGUUAAUGGAACAGCUAAUAGCCCACGAAGCACAAGAGGAGGCUUACCGGGAGGAGCAGCUUAUUAAUAGAUUAAUGAGACAGUCCCAGCAAGAGCGGAGGAUUGCUGUACAACUCAUGCAUGUUCGUCACGAAAAAGAAGUAUUAUGGCAGAACAGAAUUUUCAGAGAGAAACAAUAUGAGGAAAGACGACUGAAAGAGUUCCAAGAAGCUCUUGACAGAGAGGCGGCUCUUGCAAAACAAGAAAAAAUUGAUUAUGAGGAACAGAUUCUCAAAGAAAAAGAACUUCACAGGAAAAUUGCUGCUGAAAGAGUUGAGGCUCGUUAUAAAAAGCAUUAUUCAAUAUGCCGGGAAGUCAUCAACCAAAUUAUUGAUUUGUCUGCCAAAACAGGAGAAUAUCGUUUGUUGACAAACAACCAAAUUCCAAUUAAGCUGAUGAGGGAUUGGAAAGAAUUUUUUUUUAAUGGAAAACCACUCUAUGAGCAAGCUUUGAUUGAACCUCUGCCAACUGAACCAACCGCAGAGCAACUUGUAGAGCUGGAUAAAAUGAAGUUGCUAGAUGAGAAGGAUUAUGAUGAAUAUAAGAGUAUGACAGGGGAGUGGCACCCACCCAAAGAGAACAGUGGAAACAAACCUCCACGUAAUAAUAACAUACUGGGUUAUGUGGUUCGUAGAUUGAUGGCCAUUGUCUACCCUCCAAAAGCAGAACCCCCACCACCUGUAUUUCCUUCAUUUCGUAUCAAGGGAUGUAUUUUGGGAAAACUUUUUAGUGGAAAAACCACCUGUGCAAAGUUCUUGGAAGAAGGUUGCAACAUUCAGAUAUUGUCUAUUGAUACUCUGGUUGAGGAAACCAUCAAAACUUUCCAUGAAAAUGAAAUUAAAAUUGAAACCAACUUGAUUCCACAGGAAGCUGAAGUUUCUGUAAAACAAAAUGAACUAUCCAUAUAUGCCCAACUUGGUGCAGCAUCAGAGAAAUUUUUGAAGAAAGGAAAAAAUAUUCCUGAUGAAUUGCUAGUUAACAUCAUGGUGGAAGCUGUUAAACAAACACCACAGAAGAGAGGAUGGAUCAUGGAUGGGUUUCCAAUGACAAUAAAUCAGGCAAAAUUACUUGAAAAAGCACUUACAGGCUGUGAUCCAGAUGACGUACAAGUAAAGGAUGAACAUUCUAGAAAGCCUUUACUGGUUACAGACCCAACAGCUCCCAGGGAUCCACCUUUACCUCUACCUGCAUUUGAUUUUGCUUUGUUACUAGAUGUUUCAGAUAUCACAGUACUAAAGCGCAUGGCUGACUCCAAGAAGUCAACUCAAGACCAGCAGGAAGAUAGUGAUCAAGCUUCUGAUACUGAACUCAAAGAAAGAGAGAAGAUCGAUUUAAUCAGGCACCAGAUGCAAUAUAGAAUUGCAGGCUUUCGAGAGAGCUGGCCCAAACUGGAGAAAUGGUUUUCAGUGCAGCAAAAUAUUCUAGUGAAAGUAAAUGCAGAGAUAGAAGAGACUCUUUUGUACAGAAGAGUAAAGGAAAUCAUAUUGGAAGAAAUUUUCAAAAAACAAAAUAAAAGAGAACAACUGGAAAAAAGAGAAGCUGAGAAAAAGGAAGGAACUCUCACACCUUUGCAACCAACUGAGACAUUAACAGAUAAAAACAAGGAAAUGGAACUUAUUUCUCAAGAUAAGGAGCCUGCACCCACAAAAUCCAAAGUACCCAAAGAGUUACCUAAAAAGUCAGACUCCUUUAAAGACAAAAAAAGAAAGAAAGACGAAGCAGCCAAAGGAAAAGAUGCAGCAAAUAAACCAGGCUCUGCUCGAGGAAAAUCAUCUGAAGAUCUACCCCCUUCAACUGCAGUUGGACCACCACCAACUAAACCAGGCUCAGAUAAAUGGGUUUAUAUAGAUGAACCGCUUCCAAAGGAAAUACCUGAAUUUUUAGUGCCUUAUUGGGAGAUGGUAGAAAACAACUAUGUAAAUACCAUCAAAACUAUACUUAGACAUCUGAGAGAUGAACGGCAUUCUCUUAUUUAUUACUUAGCAGAUAUUAGAAACAAUUUCCUGAAUUAUUUGAAACGUCCAGAUCAUAAGCAAGAGUUUGUAUCUCAGUGGCAAGCUGAUUUUAACUCCACUGCUGAUGACCUGUGGGAGGAUGAGGAAACAAAAGCAGAAUUACACCAAAGAGUCACUGACCUAAGAGACCGUCUCUGGGACAUUUGUGAUAACAGACGGGAAGAAGCUGAGCAAGAACGUGCUGAUUUCAUGAAUGAUGGGUGGUUACCAGAUCAUACGGGAAUAGUGAUGAACCAUUUCUUAUCACUUAUGCAGGUUGAAGUAGACCGUUUCCAAGAUACAAAGAGACUUCUUCAUGACUAUUAUAGGGGAAUGGAAGGAAAAAUCCCAACAGAGGCCAGUCAGGAGUUUACAAGAAUCCCAUUACUAGAUAUUGUGAAUGUAGAGCAAUCUGGAGAUCAAAACAAGUCACGGAGGAUUCCUGUGAUUCCUCGUAGAGCUUCUUCUCCUGAAAUAAAUACCACCAAACCAAAAAGCAAAGGAACUCAGUUGAAGAGCAAUAAGGAUGAGAAUUCUUCUGAAAAUGUAGCAUUUAGUUUUGGCAUGGAUGAGAAGUUCAUUAUUGAUACGUGGCAAACUGCAGUAUUUGCCAUAUCAAAUAUGGUAACCGCUGAAAAACAGUCAAAAGAAACAGAGGAAGAAAAAGAACACCAGCAAAUAGAAAUAAAAGAAAGGGAAUGUCAAAAAUCCUCUCAGGGAACAGGAGGGAAGGCAGCUGGUAAGGAUGCCAAAGAUACUAAGAAACAACCUCCAAAGUCACCCACCAAAAAGAAAGGAGCACCUUCUCCAGCACCUGUGGUUGAAGCCACUCCUGUUCCAUUAACACCAGAAGAAUUAAAGAAACAAGAACUGAAGCAUAAAAUGAGGCGGGAAUAUUUUAGUGCCCUUGAACUUGAAGAGGAAGCUGCAAAAUCUCGACUAGAGCUGAUAAAAAUAAAAGCAAUAGCAUUUGUUGAAGAGCUAGUAAGAAAAGCAGAAGAAACUUACAAAGACAUGGAAAAAUGGCUUGGAGCCAGGUUUCUAGCAGAGAUGUCCAGUGUUGAAAAAUUAACUGAGGUUGCACGCCACCACAUCGAAAGUUCUACCAAAAUCCAAUUUGAAAUGGUUUUAGAGGAUACAGACUUCUUUAUUAGCAGUGAAGUAAAAGUAAUUCCAGAUCCUGUCCCUCAACCACACCCUCCACCUGCAGAGACAUCUGCAAAUAGUGCUUUAACUACUUCACAGCUUAGUAUGCUCCACAAGCAAUUUCUGCAGCUGGCACCUAAAGCUAUAAAAGUACUGAAGCAAUUUAAAAGCAAGAAUAUCUCUGCUAACAAGAAAAAAGUUGGUGAUGGAAGAGAAGAGGAAAAAGGUUUGGAGUAUCUUCAAACAAAGAGGAAUCGACAGUUUCCAAAAAUAUGGUUAACAAAAUACCCCUGGCUAAAAUAUGAUGAAGAAAGAGGGAUAAUGUUCUGUGCUCUGUGUCGCAAACAUAGUGUUAACUUAGGGGAAACUGUACAUAAUUUUUGUUCUGGAACUGAUGACUUUCAGCUUGAAUUUAUAAAUGCACAUCACAGCAGUGAAGCUCAUGCCUGGGCUAAUUGCAUGGAGGCUGCCAGCAGUGCUACUCCAGAUAUUGCUCCUGCUGAGGAGAUGUUAAAGAACAUGAGCAAAAUGACAUUAGGAAGAAUUGAAAACAUUUUUAGAACAUGUCAUGCUAUUGCCAAAUCUGGACGUCCUUUCACAGACCUUGAUUGGAUGUGCAAGCUAGAUGAUAUGAAAGGUGUGGACAUUGGUUCUGUAUUUAGAAAUUACAAGUAUGCAAAAAUGUUUACACACUUUAUUGCUGAAGUGGAACGAAGGGCCUUAAAAGAGAAACUAGAAAAAAGUAAGUUCUUCUCCCUCAUUAGUGAUGGAGUCACAGACAAUUCAAUUAAAGAAACAGCAGUUGUAUAUGUACGUUUUGCCAAUGAAGGAAGAGUCCACUGCCAGAUUGUUGGAGUUCAGCCAAUUGAUAAGUCUAAUGCUUUGAUGGUAAAAAAUGUGAUUGAGAAAAUAUUGCAGAUUAAUCUUCAGCUCAAUCUGUCAAGUCAAGACUGGUCCAGAAAACUAGUCGGGUUUGGAAGUGAUGGUACUGAUGUCAUGGUAGGAGAAAACAAUGGAGUAGCUAAACUUCUGCAGGAAAUUCAGCCUUGUGUACAGUCCGUACAUUGUUUUGCUCAUCACCUUGAAUUGGCUUACAAAGGAGCAUUGGAAAGCAUUCAGCUGUACACUGUUUUAACUGAUCUCUUACAAAAUAUAUAUUACUUCUAUCAUAACUCACCUCUAAAUAAGAGCAAUCUCAAAUCUGAAUAUGAAGCCCUUAAGUUACACCUAGCUCUUCCCUCUAAAAUCGGUGGGUCCCGAUGGCUACCUCGCCUACAGACAGCUCUUCAAAUCCUCCUGAAGGGUUAUGCUGCAAUUGUCCUACAUCUGAGUAAGAUUCAAGGAGAUCCAAGUGCCACAAACCACCAGAAAGUCAAAGGUUUUCUAAAGCUCCUUCUCAAAAUGGAGAUUGUCAAGUUUUGUCAUUUCUUACUGGAUGUCAUUAAUGUCCUCAAUAUUCUAUCCCGUGUUACACAGGAUUGUAACUGUUCCAUUGCAGAUUUAUUUGCAACCAUGCAGUCAACAUUACAAACACUUCAUAUGUAUCAAACAAGAUCCGGUCCAAAGGAGCGCCUAGUGGAGACUGUUACACAUUUUCACGGUCACCAGCUUUUAGGGAAUGGAAAUAUUUUACUAUUACGAAUGAAAGUACUAAGCAAUCUGAUGAAGAGACUACACGAUUGUUUUUGUGAUGCCAGCCAAGAUGUUCUGAGAGCAACCAUCAUUGGAAGUUUUAAGCUAUGGCCAGACAAAAUCAAACAAGAAUUUGGUGAAAGGGAGGUGUCUGUCCUAACUAAACAUUUUGAAGCAGUACUGGAAAGUGCCGGUGUAAAAGUUGAUGAGGUUGAGACUGAAUGGAGCAUGCUGAAAUUAGAGCUAUAUGAUAGAUUUCAAAAUAUCCGGAGCUUGACAUGGGAUUCAGUGAACUUAGAAUACUCGCAUAAGUAUCCUAACAUCCUGACACUAAUAGAUCUGAUCCUAACACUGCCUGCAAGUUCAGCUGAAGCAGAACGAGGCUUCAGUCAAAUGAAGUUUACCACAAUGCAACAGCACUCUAAACUAAUGUCUGACAGUGUAACUGAUCUCAUGGUAAUUCAAAUGAAUUCUCCAGACAUCCGAAAGUUUGACCCAGAGAAGGCUAUUCGCCUGUGGAAUACUACUUGUCAGAGGAAUAGAAGACUACAGACUAGCCAUAUGAUAACUACUGAAAUAUCAGAUUGCUCUUCGGACUCUGAUUUGGAUAGUCAUUAUGGAAGUGAUUAGAAUUGUGCAAAAGUCACAAUUUCAGUUUGCAGCCAUUUUUAUAGCAUGCAUUAACUUUUUUGUAGUAUUUAAUUAAUGCAAUUUUUGUUGUGGCUAUUCAUUACAUAUCACAUGCCAUUUUAUGUUUAUUGCUGGACCUCCAAAAGCAUUUCCCAUGUGUGCAUAUGUGUCUGAUCUAGAACACCAAGAUCAUGCAACAACAUAGUGGUUUAGAGGGGUUCAUGCUAUUGGUAGUUCUUGGGGCAGUUAGAUGUCUCUUAGUUUCUUUCUGGCCAGGAGGCGCUACCAAGAGAAGGAGCUACCAGGAAAUGGAAUCUCUACUCUCAAAUAAUGCAAUCAAAUUUCUAUGACAAGAAAAACAGAGUGAGAUUGCUCCUGGUAUUUCUGUACAUCAAAACUUUCAGGAGGCCUAAGACCCCGACAGGACUUAAAGUGAAACAAAUUUGCCACUCCGAAAGCAACUAACUUCUAAAUGAAGGCGAUCAUUGUGUACUGUGGGUAUAAGGCAACAAUGCACAUAGCUGCAUAAGGUAUCUUGGAUAUAUAUUACAUACUAGGCCUGUGCAAAGCAGCUGGUAUUCACUUUGGAUUCAGACUGGGCCGAAUCUG